AUGGCCAUCAAACGAGCCAUCUGCACCAUGUCGCUCGGCCGGUGCUUCGCCGGCCACUCCCUAGCCCACAAGCUCGACAUGGCAAGACAAUACGGCUUCACAGGCAUCGAGCUCUUCUACGAAGACCUCGUCGACCUCACGCGCGACAUGCCCGGCGGCGACACCGAAGCCAACCAACUAUCAGCCGCGACCUCCAUCCGCAGACUCUGCGCCGACCGCGCGCUAGACAUUAUCUGCCUGCAGCCCUUUAUGCACUAUGAAGGCCUCUUGGACAGGGAGCUGCACGGGCGUCGGUUGCAGGAGAUGCGCUUCUGGGUGCAACUGGCGCACGCGCUGGGGACGGAUUUGGUUUGCUUGCCGAGCAGCUUCUUGGCCGCGGCAGAGCUGACCGACGACAUGGACAUGAUAGCGGAGGACUUUCGAGAGCUCGCAGACCUUGGGCUUGCCUCAACACCGGUUAUCAGAUUCACGUACGAAGCCCUGUGCUGGGGCACAAGAGUCGACACCUGGGAAGCAAGCUGGGACAUCGUCCAGAGGGUUGCCCGCCCCAAUUUUGGCAUCUGCCUAGACACAUUCAACAUUGCAGGACGCAUCUACGCCGACCCAGCCGCCGCGUCGGGACGCACACCCGACUGCGACGCCGCCGUCGUCAAGUCCCUCAGCCGGCUCGUGUCGACCGUCGAGCGCAGCAAGGUGUUCCUCGUGCAGCUCGCCGACGCGGAGCGCCUGGCGCGACCGCUCGACGAGGCUCACCCGUUCCAUGUCGCGGGCCAGCCGCCGCGCAUGAGCUGGUCGCGCAACGCGCGGCUCUUUUACGGCGAGACGGCGCAGGGUGCGUACCUGCCGGUCAAGUCUGUGCUGGAUGCCAUUGUGCAUGGGCUGGGCUACGAGGGCUGGAUGAGCUUUGAGGUGUUUAAUAGGAGGCUGGCUGAUGAGGAUAAGGAUGUGCCGGAAAAGAUGGCCAGAAGAGCGGCCGUGGCGUGGGAGAAGAUGGCGCGGGAUGUGCACAUUGAGACGGCCGCGGGUACAAGCGGUGCUACAGCCGCCGAUCACGAAAGGACGCAGGCAAUGUUGUAA